ACACACACAAAAAAAGAAAAAAUAAAAAAGUAGACUUUGUCAAAUGAUGACGUGACCUCCAUCCCCAUCUUCCCACUUCAUCUCCAUUCCCUCAACCAUCAUCAACACCUCCAAUAUUCCAAACUCAUCGGAGGACAACAAUUUUUAUAAAGAAAAGCCUCUGCCUUUUUCAUUUGUAUAUGUAAAUUCUUUAUUUUUAGUUGAUGGGUAUGGGUAUAAUUUGUAAUGGUGGAGGAAUCAUGAAUCAAUGUUGAGAUUCUGAGUGGUGGGAGGUUUUUCGGUUUUCUUAUUUCUUUGCUUUUGUUAUUUAUAGAUAAUAAUCACAAUAUUUAAUUGAAAACUAGUUAUUAUUGGGAUUUAACAGCCAAUUAAUAAUGGGUAAUGUGAAUGGUAGAGAAGAUGAGAGUAGCAGCCCAUCCGGGGUUGAGGAAGAAGGAGGUGGUAACGGUGUACAGGAAGGCAUGGCUGCACCCAUGGGUCACUCCCCACCUCACAGCCCCAGAGCCACCCAGUCCCCUCUCAUGUUCACUCCUCAGGUUCCAGUGAUUCCAUUGCAACGACCUGAUGAGAUGCACAUCCCUAGCCAUUCAUGGAUGCAGUCCAAAGCAGGGUAUGAAGAUGUAUCCAAUGAACAAGGAAUUCCAACAAUGAUUACAUGGAGCUAUGAUGGGAAGACUGUAGCUGUGGAGGGAUCAUGGGAUAACUGGAAAACAAGAAUUCCUUUGCAGAGAAGUGGAAAAGACUUUACCAUUAUGAAAGUUCUGCCAUCAGGUGUUUAUCACUACCGGUUUAUUGUUGAUGGGAAAUGGAGGUAUUCCCCAGACUUGCCCUUGGACCGAGAUGAUGUGGGUAAUGCUUACAACAUUUUGGACCUACACGUAAGUCUUUUGUUCUUCUUCUUCCUUUUCUUAUUUUUAGUAUUUUGAAUAUACUUGUGUGUCUCUUGUGCUGGAUAAGUGUAAUAGUCAUAUUUUAUGGCUUUCUCAUCAAAAUUCUAUCCGAGUGGAGAUUAGUUUAAACCUCAAUUAUAGGACUCGGGUUCAUUAUCCAUACAUGUUGCUUGGGCUUUGGAUGGUAUUUAUUUGCAGUGUUGUCAAUGGUGGCUGCUGUAUAAUGGAAUAUGAAUAGGGAUGCCAAAACUCUUAUGGCGGCCACUAUUGUCUUAUUUGACUUUUGCAUUCUAUUUUAGCAUUUUAUUUUCUUGGUAACUUGUUGAUUUUAUGACUUUAUUUGCUUGAAAUUUUAGUUGUGUGAUUUUUCUUAACUUUUAUAACAUAUUA